AUGGAGCAGCAAGUUCUCGAAUUACUACAAGCGACAACACGGCCAGACACUGUCGUCAUUAGGGAUGCUGAGCAGGGGCUCUUACGUCUCCACAGCCAGCCGGAAUUUCCUUUCGCGCUUCUCACUAUCGCGUCACACAAUGACAUCGACUCUGGAUCUCGAAAGGCCGCACUCACGGCGCUGAAGGGUUAUGUCCAAGCCACUUGGUCUCCACAAUUCGACGAAACAUUCAAGGGAACUACGUUUCUUGAUGAUGCCGGCAAAAGUCGAGUGCGCGAUCAAAUCUUUGCCAUUUGUACCGUUGAAGGCGACCAGGUCCCCAAAGACUCCGCGAUCCAAGCACUGGCUGCUGGUGUCGCUAGCAGAAUUGCCAGCGUUGACUUUCCAGAUGCCUGGCCGACAUUGUUCCCUUCCCUUUUGACGAUAUUGAACACAUCCACCAGCGAUGCCCCAGUCCACGGUGCUCUGCGGGUUCUCGCAGAAUUGAUCGACUCGGGUUUGACCGAAGAACAGUUCUUCAUGGUCGCUCGUGACUUGGUGAAUGGUUUACAACAUGUGGCCACAGACAACAACCGAGGGCUCGUUGUCCGAGCCAUGACACUGAACGUAUUUCGCUCGUGUUUCGAAAUGCUGGAGAUGGUUAUGGGAGACCACGGAGCCGCUGUGAAAGCAUUCUUGGACGAAUCAAUGAAAUCUUGGAUGCCAUUUUUCAUGGAGAUUCUGAAAGCACCUCUACCAAUCUCCGACUCCUCGGCUGUGGCUAUUGACCAAUCCGAGACCAAUCUCCGUGGGCUUGUGGCCUUGAAGGUGCAGGUUGUAAAGACUCUUGACAAGUUGAGAUCAGUCUAUGUCCACGCCAUCUCCCCCCACGCCGUCAGUCUAUUCCUAAUUGUCUGGGAGGAGUUGUCGAGGAUAGCGUCCCCAUACGCAGAACUCUUCAUCGAAGGCACUGCUGAAGGAAAACUGGUGGAUAGCGACAACCUACCGUGCAGCUUGGAUGCACUGGUGCUCGAAGAAAUUGAUUUCUUGCAAGUCACAAUGAAGGCACCACCUGUUCGAGCAGAGUUGUCAUCACAGAUGAAACAAUUAGGUGACGCUCAACACACUGUUCAAUGGCUACAAGAGCUCAUUAGAGUCUUGGUGCUCUACGCAAGGAUACCUGCCGAAGAAGAAGGCCUGUGGGAGUACGACUCAAACUUGUACCUCUCUGAAGCCACGUCACUCACAGCGAACUACACUCCCCGAGCCGCUUGUGGCGAACUCGUUGUCCGAAGCCUUGGAGAAUGGCUGAAGCAAAUGCCAAUUGUUGCCAUGCUUCAUUUCAACCAGCAUGCCUUCUCCAAUCCUUCGACAAGCUGGAAAGAACGGGAAGCCUUACUGUACCUUCUCAAUCAAUGUGUAAUAGACGUCAGUGAGGUGUCCGGAAACCUUGACUCAGCCAUUGCAUCCGCGCUUCUGGAGCAGGUCUCUGUCUUUCUGCAAGAUUCUCAUGCUUUCAUGCGUUCAGCCGCGCAGCUUCUACUGGGCGCUUUCUUCAAAGUCGCCGGAAACGACUAUGCAGCGGCCGGCGCUGCGUCAUUCACCAAUGCCGUCAAUGCAGCUGUGAGCGAUCCUUCUGAAGUCGUGAAGGUCGCCUGCUUGAAUGCCAUUCCGAUGUACCUAGAAGCGCUCCCCUCGAAUGUCACGCUGCCAAUGCAGGGUGCAAUCGUCAAUGCAGUUGCCGAGUACGUCUCUUCGCAUGAUCUGAAGGACGAACUUGAAGAUGCAGACGACGUCAAGGCUACUUUGAUACAAGCACUUCGCGAUGCCAUCAUGCUUGAUACGACGAACAUCACAGAGACAAAUGCAAUUGACCUUUUCUUCACGCUCGCUUCCGACAGCGCUGGAAACUUCCAAUUGUUCACACUCCUUACGGAGGCAUUCGAGGGCAUUGUAUCCUCGGUAUCCUCUCACGGUCAGGAGAACUACGUCCGUCUAUGCUCCAAGACCAUUCCCUCCUUGACUGGCGCGUUCGAAGUAGCUAGCAUGACCCAGAUGUCUGAAUUGACCAAUCUCGCUGCCGAACUCGUCUCUGCUCUCGCUGAGUUCGGAUCCGAACCACUUCCCGCGGGCUUUGUAUCGGCUGUCAUGCCCAAACUGCAGCGCGUUCUCAUGGAAGCGACCGAUGCUGAGCUCGUCCGCCCUGCCACACUCGCAGUCGAACACAUGCUUGAGAAAGGUUCGGCGCAGUUCCUCACCUGGACUGAUUCACAAGGUAAAUCAGCCAUUGAAGUCCUCCUGACCAUUGUCAACCGUCUACUCAACUCGCCCGACGUGGACGAGAACGCGGGUCAAGAAGUCGGCGGGCUCGCCAGUACCCUCGUGAACAAAUUCGGUGCCGACAAGCUAGGCCCCUACCUGAUGGAGUUACUGCGAGCUGUGGCUAUCCGUCUCGCCACCGCAGACCGUAUUCAAUUCAUCCAGAAUCUGUGCAUGGUCUUCGUGGGUCUCAGUCUAGCCGCACCCAAAGAGGUUGUCGAUUUUCUUUCGGAGGUGAACAUCAACGGCGUCAAUGGUUUGGCUGUCGUUUUGACCAAGUGGUUGGAAAACUCGGUCCAUUUUGCUGGAUUCGACGAGGUCCGCCAGAACGUGGUGGCACUGUCCAAGAUCUUCAGCCUGCAGGAUGAACGUGUCAAGAGUGUCAGUGUCAAAGGAGACUUAAUCAUCGACGCGAAUCCCGGUGGAAGGAUCAAGACACGUUCCCAGGCCAGACUGAACCCGGACCAGUGGACAAGUGUCUCCGCGGAUUUGAAGAUUCUCAAAAUCAUGGUCGAUGAGCUCGCGAGUGCGGCGACGAGUCACUUUCCUAACCUUGCGGCGGCACAGGCUGCGGCCGAGGCGCUGGACGAGGAGGACGCAGAGGACGAUGACGGCGAAUGGGAAGACGUUGGAGCCGGCGGAGCAAUCGACCUGGCCAGUGCGAGUGUCAGGAACGACUUGAUGGCCCUGGUCGGUGAGGAUGGCGCCGCGAGUCCGACGGGCAGCAGGGCUCGAGAUGAAGAGACGGCCGAGUACCUGUUGAGCUGGUUCAAGGCCGAGGCCGGCAAGCCUGGCUUCGAGCCUCUUUUUGAACAGUUGAACGAAGAAGAGAAGGGAAAGUUGAGGCAAUUGGCAGCUUAG